GUAAAUUGAAAUUUAUUUAUUAGUUUCCUAAACAAUUUUUUGGGAUGUUGAUUCGCACCGCUCGCAAAAACAGGAAGAAGAGCUAUGACAUGGAGGAUUCCGAAUCGCAGAAGCCUGAAAAGAAUCCUAGUCCUGCGCGAAAGGAGGAUCGCAAGGAGGAUCGCAAGGAGCGUAGGAAGGAGCAGGAAAUGGAACGCAAACGGGAAGUGGAACGGCGAAAGGAAAUCGCUCGCGAAAAGGAGCAGGAAAAGCAGAAUCAGCAGAAGUGGCACAAGGAACUGGAGAAGGAACGUCAGCGUGAAAAGGAAUUGCAGCGGGAUCACCUGAGGCAGGAGGCAUCCACUUCCUCCAAACGAGUGAAUGCAGAAAUCACCAAGUUCGACGACGAAUUCGAGCGGGACAUUGAGAAGUUGGAGCGCAGCAUUUGCCAGCUGGAUUUCCGCUCCAAAACGAUGGCCACCAUGUGGAUGGACAAGCUGCGCCAGCCACCUCACAAUGCAGCAGAAGCUAGAUCUAGGAACAUAAUAGCAUCCCAUCUGCUCAAGUGCUGUGGCGAUAACAUAUUCAAGAUGGAGCCCUUCAACCAUCCUCCGCCACCACAAAACUUGACCAGCAUACGGGAGAAGAUGUACUUAACGCGCGAUAGUACGUGCCACGGAAUGCCCAUUGCCAGGCCGAAAGAACCCAAUGCCAAUCUAACCCAAUUGUUUAGCGAUUCGUACGAUGGUGGUGCGUUCCUCCGCCAGCUUCCUGUGCCACGUGAUGGGGCAUUCUUUAUCUAUCACAUGCAGCCAAAUUUAUAAAAGUGAAUUGGCUUUGGGAGGCAAGCCAGCUAAAUUCAAUUUGUAUUUUUUAUACCAAAUGUGGGUUAAUACUCUUUACGAUAGUAAAUAAAGCGAGCUCGAGUUGU